AUGUCAUCCACGGUGUCCACUGCUACGGUGCCGGCCACUACGAUCGAUCAACGUCGAACAAGUCCUGCACAGGAAACGAAGCCAGAGCAACGGCCUGAGGAGAAAAGUCAAGACGAGUCAGAUCGGUUCUUCUGGACAUACACUGAAGAGCCACACAAGACGCGAAGACAGGAGAUUAUUCGAGCACAUCCAGAGGUCCUCAAGCUUUGCGGGCCAGAGCCAUUGACCGUUCCUCUGGUUCUGGCAGUUGUGGGGAUCCAGAUCUUCUGCGCCUACGCACUACGAGAAUCUCCGUUCUUCUCAUGGCAGUAUCUUCUCACGGCGUACGUUGUGGGCGCAACGGCAAACCAGAACCUCUUCCUCGCCAUCCAUGAGAUCUCUCAUAAUUUGGCCCUCAAAUCGCCCAUUGCCAACCGACUGCUGGCAAUAUUCGCCAACCUGCCGAUCGGUAUCCCCUACUCUGCUUCCUUCAGGCCGUACCACCUCACCCAUCACAAGUCCUUGGGCGUACACGGUCUAGAUACGGAUCUACCGACAGCGAUGGAGGCUUGGUUCUUGGACUCUGUGGGCGGCAAAGCAUUUUUCUGCACUUUCCAGAUCCUGUUCUACGCCCUACGACCCAUGAUGGUGUACAAGCUACCAUUGACCCGGAUCCACGCGCUCAACAUAGCCGUGCAAGUUGCUUUCGAUGCUCUUAUCGUCAAUUACUUUGGCGGCAAGGCGUUGGGCUACUUCAUACUCAGCUCCUUCCUCGCCGGCUCUCUGCAUCCAUGUGCAGGGCACUUCAUCGCCGAACACUACGUCUUCGCGCAACAUAGCCGAUCCCUCAAGCCCUCGCAGCCGGAAUCUGCCAAGUUGGCGCCACCACCAGAGACGUUCUCAUACUACGGUAUCCUGAACCUCUUCACGUACAACGUUGGCCUCCACAAUGAGCAUCACGACUUCCCUGCGAUCCCGUGGACUCGUCUCUGGAAGCUGAACGAGAUUGCGAACGAGUUCUACUGCGACCUGCCAUGCCACCAUAGCUGGGUGGGCGUAAUGUGGCAGUUCGUCCUCGACAAGGAGGUGGGGUUGUGGUGUCGGGUGAAGCGGAAGGAAGGUGGGCGCUUAGUCGGUGGAAGCAAGCCUGCUACUCAUAGCCAGCCCAUCGACGUGGCACGAUAA